CGUUUUGUGAUCUCCGAUGGGCUGAUAUAAGCCCGUUUGUAGUAGUGGGCCAAAAGCCCAAACUUCACUUGUUUACAUGCUAGGGCUCCCUUUAACGGGCUCUCUUGCUUUGCUAACUACACAUUUUGACAAACUGCGACGGUGGAUAUGGACGAGUGCGAGCAACUGUGCCUGGCGGCGCGAUACGGCGACGCCGACAAACUCAGAACUCUGAUAGAUUCCGGAGCAGAUGUUUCUCUUUUCGACGGUGAGGGUCUUACCCCUCUAAUGCACGCGGCCAAGAAUGGCCAUGCCGAGGUUGUUAAAACCCUUCUGGAAACUGCUGCGCCAUGGAAUGCGCUCUCUCCUUCCAAUCUCUCUGCUGGCGAUUUUGCUCUGGAGGCUGGUCACCAGGAGGUUUUCCAGAUUCUUCUUAACGCCGGGAUUCAAGCCGAGUUGGUUCUUGGGACCAUUGCUAGGAAAGAAAGCAAGAAUGGUGUAUGUAAUGGGGAUUAUUUGGAAGAUAGAGUUUCUUUUAGUGAAGAUAAGGUAAUGGAUGCUGAAAGUAAAGCUGUGAUGAUGGCUUGGGAAAAACCAUUGAUGGAAGCUCAUGCUAAGGCAGUUUGCAUGGGUGGUGGUCACAUACUGAACGUCGGAUUUGGAAUGGGUCUUGUGGAUACAGCCAUUCAACAAUAUUCUCCCACUAUGCAUACAAUUAUUGAGGCUCACCCAGAGGUUUAUAAACGUAUGAUUGAAACUGGUUGGGCUGAUAAGAACAAUGUGAAAAUUAUAUUUGGUCGUUGGCAAGACGUCCUACCUCAACUUGAAUCUUAUGAUGGUAUUUUCUUUGACACAUAUGGAGAAUACUAUGAAGACUUGAGAGAGUUCCACCAGCAUCUUCCUAAAUUGUUGAAGCCUGGUGGAAUCUACUCAUUUUUUAAUGGUCUUUGUGGAGGUAAUGCAUUUUUCCAUGUUGUUUAUUGUAAUAUAGUUUCUCUUGAACUAGAAAAAUUGGGAUAUUCCACCCAAUUCAUCCCCUUACCUGUCAAGGAUUGUUUGGAGGAAGAAGUCUGGAAAGGAGUACAGCACAAAUACUGGCAACUUGAUACAUAUUACCUUCCUGUUUCCCAGUCUAUACAAGACUCUGAAUGAAAUUCUUCUUACCAUUUACUUGUAUUUGUUGUAUCCUGGAGAAUUUGAUGGAGUCAUGUUCAAUCUAUAAUCCUUGUACCUUCGAGCUGAAUAUGAAUUUGGAAUUAAUCUUCUCCAUGGUCCAUUUGGCGACAUGGAUCAUUGCA